AUGCGCAACCAACUGCCGUGUUGGCGCAAGCGCCUUCCCACCAGAAUCUUCUCAGAAAAGCUGUCAAAGUCCUUCUGCUGUUUUAGCGCAGAGGCGGACGUGGACGAGGAUGAUGAGGUGAUCGUGUACCUUAACGACCCUGAGUCGAACGCGCAGUUUAACUAUCCGUCGAACUUCAUUCGCACCUCCAAGUACACGCCCCUCUCCUUCCUCCCAGUCAGCCUCCUGCUAGAGUUCAAAAAGGUGAGUAAUUUGUACUUUCUCAUGAACGUCAUAUUCAGCCUCAUCCCAGGUGUGUCCCCGCUGAGUCCGGCGACAUCGAUUGCGCCGCUGGCCUUUGUGCUCAUCGUGGCAAUCAUCAAGGAGGGGGUGGAGGACAUCAAGCGACAUCAGGCUGACAACCGCGCCAACUCGAUUUUAGCGCAGGUGCUGCGAAACGGCAAGCUCGUCUCGAUGCACAGCAAGGACAUCCACCCCGGUGACGUCGUACGUAUCAAGAACGGCGAGGAGGUGCGCGCGGAUGUCGUCAUACUUGCCUCGUCCGUCGAGGAGGGGCAGGCAUUUAUAGACACGUGUAACCUGGACGGCGAGACGAACCUGAAGGCACGCAGGGCUCUGGAAGCCACCUCUGCGCUCUGCGAAGUGGAGGCAAUCAUGAAUAGCACAGCCGUACUGCACACGAGCAAGCCAGACCCAGGGCUGCUGUCGUGGGCAGGGCUGUUGGAAAUCAAUGGCGAGGAGCACGCACUCUCGCUGGAACAGUUCCUGUAUCGCGGCUGCGUGUUACGCAACACGGACUGGGUGUGGGGCAUGGUUGCCUACGCAGGGGUCGACACGAAGCUGUUCCGAAACUUGAAGCCAAAACCGCCAAAGUCGUCGAACCUCGACCGCAAGCUGAACUACUUUAUCAUAGCCAUCCUCAUAUUCCAGAACAUCAUGCUCUUUAUCUUAGCCUCCAUGGCAGUGUGGUGGAACAACAAGCACAGGGAAACGCCCUACCUCCACUUCUUUAUCGACUUCCGCAAGGACAUAACUCUGUGGGGGUACCGUUACUUGAGCUACUUCAUUUUGCUGAGUUUCUGCGUGCCCAUCUCGCUGUUCGUCACGAUUGAGGUGUGCAAGGUGAUCCAGGCGCGGUGGAUGCGCGUAGACUACCUCAUGAUGGAGUACAUGAACAACCGCUGGCGGCACUGCCAGCCGAACACGUCGAACCUCAACGAGCAGCUGGCAAUGGUGCGCUUCAUCUUCAGCGACAAAACUGGAACGCUAACAGAGAACGUCAUGAAGUUCAAGCUAGGCGACGCUCUCGGUAAUCCGAUCGACGCCGACAAUCUGGACGAGUGCAUCGCGCAGCUGCGCAAGGAGGCCGAGUCGAAGGGCCUAGGCCCGCUGCAGGAGUAUUUUCUCGCGCUGGCCCUGUGCAACACAGUUCAGCCCUUCAAGGACGAGACGGAUGACUUGGGUGUCGUCUACGAAGGCAGCUCCCCAGACGAGGUGGCGCUGGUGGAGACCGCUGCUGCUGUCGGCUAUCGCCUCAUCAACCGUACGACAAAGUCCAUCACACUCCUCCUGCACGAUGGGACGCGCAAGGUGUACAACAUCCUCGCCACACUGGAGUUCACGCCGGACCGCAAGAUGAUGAGCAUCAUCGUCGAGGACAGCGACACCAAAAAAAUCACGCUGUACAAUAAGGGGGCUGACAGUUUCAUCAGGGCGCAGCUGAGCCGCGCCCCGGAUGUGCAGGGGCACAUCGAAAAUGUCGACAUCCCUCUGACAGAAAUGUCCUCGUCGGGGCUCCGCACGCUGCUUGUGUGCGCCAGGGACAUCACACGGCGCCAGCUCGACCCAUGGCUCGCGAAGUUCGUCGAAGCCGGCAAGUCCCUGCACAACCGCAGCUCCAAUAUUGAUAAAGUCUGCUUAGAGAUGGAGAAAGACAUGCGGCUCGUCGGCGCCACCGGCAUCGAGGACAAGCUCCAAGACGAGGUGCCUGAGACACUGGCCUUCUUCUUGAACGCCGGUGUGAUCAUCUGGAUGCUCACUGGUGACAAGCGCGAGACCGCCGUGACGAUCGCUGCAACGUCGACCCUGUGCGACCCGCGCAAUGACUUCAUCGACCACGUCGACAUUGGCCAUCUGAAUCCAUCGGACCCCAAGGCGAUUGAGCGCGUAGGGCGCGACCUCGACGUUUUGGAGCAGCACAUCGCGCUCAAGGGGACCCACAAGGAGCGGCGCUGCACCUUGGUCAUCGACGGCCCAGCGCUGAACAUCGCAAUGGAGCACUACUUUGACCAGUUCCUGCGCCUCUCCCAUGAGGUCAACUCCGCCGUCUGCUGUCGUCUCACGCCGAUCCAGAAGGCAACCGUCGUUCGCAUGUUCCAGAAGUCAACCGGUAAGACAGCGCUGGCCAUUGGUGACGGCGCCAACGACGUGUCCAUGAUCCGGGAGGGGCGUGUGGGCGUGGGCAUUAUUGGGCUGGAAGGUGCACACGCCGCCCUCGCCGCCGACUACGCGAUUCCGCGAUUCAAGCAUCUGCACCGCCUAUGCGCGGUGCAUGGCCGCUACUCGCUCUUCCGCAACGCCAGCUGCAUUCUGGUUAGCUUCCACAAGAACAUUACCGUGUCGGUGGUGCAGUUCAUCUUCGCCUUCUACGUCGGCUUCUCGGGGCUAACGCUCUUUGAUGGAUGGAUGCUGACCUUCUACAAUCUCCUUCUAACAAGUAUCCCGCCCUUCUUCAUGGGCAUAUUCGAGAAGGACCUCCCCGAAGAUGCCCUGCUGGAGCGACCGAAGCUGUACACACCGUUGUCGCAUGGCGAAUACUUUAACCUGGCGACGCUCCUGCGGUGGUUCAUCGAAUCACUGAUAACGGCGGUGGUUCUUUUCUAUGCUGCUUACCCGACAUUGAUCCAUCAAGACGGUUCCCAUCAACGUUACACCGGCGCCGAGACCGGCACGCUCGUGUUCAGCGGCUUGAUCCUCGUCAUUCAAGCUCGCUUUAUCCUGCAGAUCCGCUACUGGCAGUGGCUUCAGGUGUUUGGCGUGACGAUGUCAAUAUUUCUCUUCCUGUUGCUGUUUCUCGUCUACUCCGCCAUUCCCUCAAUCUUCAGUGACACGAAUUUCUACUACCAAGCUCUCGACCUGAUGUCGACCGCCAAGUACUGGUUUUUCAUGCUCUUCUACGUUGGUACCGAGGUGGUGGUCAUAGUCAGCGUCAUGACAUUCCAGAAGAACCUCUUCCCUACCCUGCGCGACGUCGCGGAGCGACAGUACGCUGUUCAAAAAGAUGAAAAGCUGUGA